CAGAUUCAAGUCAACCCAAAUUUGUGCAUUCAUUCACGAGCUAAUCCGCGGCCACUUGAAGCCUGCUGUGCGCAAUUUUACGUGCAUGAACCCUUGCUUCCUUCUGCCCGUCUACUCCUAGCUCGCUAUUCUACGCUAGUAUUCACCGUAGUGCGCGCCAAUGGCUGCCGCUCCGCCAGUCACUGCGAGUCCGCCCAAGGCUGCGUCGCCGUCCGCGAGCGUGGAUCCCGCGCCGACCAUCCCCUGCAUGUGCCUCAGCCCAAAGAAGCCCACCGCCACCCCCGGCGCGGCCGCCGAAGGGCCGCUGUCCAUCGUCAUCUUCGGCGCGUCGGGCGACUUGGCGAAGAAGAAGACGUUUCCCGCGCUCUUUAAUCUCUUCCACCAGGGCUUUCUCCCCGUGGGCGAAAUCCGCAUCUUCGGCUACGCACGGUCGGCCAUGACGGACGAGCAGCUGCGCGAGAAGAUCAAGGGAUACCUGAAGCCCAAGGAGGACGUGCCGUCUGGGCAAGAUCCCGUGGGGGACUUUCUCAAGAUCGUGUCGUAUAUCCAGGGCCCCUACGACGGGCGCGACGGCUACGCUAAGCUGCAGGAGGCGCUGCUCGCCUUCGAGCGCACCACGGCGGGCAGCGAGGGCCCCACGCGCCGCCUCUUCUACCUGGCGCUGCCGCCUUCCGUGUACCCGCCGGUGUGCGCAGAGGUGCGGCGCUACUGCAUGAACGCACGCGGGUGGACACGAGUCAUUGUGGAGAAGCCGUUCGGAAGGGACCUGGAGAGCGCGGAGGCGCUGAGCAGCGAGCUGGGGGCGCUGUUCACAGAGGACGAGAUCUACCGCAUUGACCACUACCUGGGCAAGGAGGUGGUGCAGAACCUGUUGGUGAUGCGCUUCGCAAACCGCUUCUUCGUGCCGCUCUGGAACCGAGAGAACAUCGCCAACGUGCAGAUUGUGUUCCGGGAGGACUUUGGCACGCAGGGCAGGGGAGGCUACUUCGACCAGUAUGGCAUCAUUCGGGACAUCAUUCAGAACCAUCUCAUGCAGGUGCUGUGUCUGGUGGCGAUGGAGAAGCCGGUGUCAACGCUGCCCGAGGACAUUCGCGACGAGAAGGUGAAGGUGCUGCGCGCCAUCCAGCCCAUCCGGGAGGACGAGGUCGUGCUGGGGCAGUACGACGGCUACACAGAUGAUCCCACGGUGCCCGACGGCUCGCACACGCCCACCUUUGCGUCCAUUGUGCUGCGCAUCAAGAACGAGCGCUGGGAUGGCGUGCCGUUCAUCAUGAAGGCGGGCAAGGCGCUGGAGUCACGGAAGGCGGAGAUCCGAGUGCAGUUCCACGACGUGCCGGGCGACAUCUUCGGCUGCGGUCGGAAUUCCCGCGAUGAGUUUGUGAUGCGCCUGCAGCCAUCUGAAGCCAUGUACAUGAAGCUGACGGUGAAGAAGCCCGGGCUCGAGAUGGCGGCCACGAUGAGUGAGCUGGAUCUGAGCUACCGCCAGCGCUACUCCGGGGUCAUCAUCCCCGAGGCCUACGAGCGCCUCAUCCUCGACAGCAUCAAUGGCGAUCAACAGCACUUCGUGCGCCGCGACGAGCUCAAGGCCGCAUGGGAGAUCUUCACCCCUCUGCUGCACCGCAUAGACCAGGGCGCCCUGCCCCCGCACCCCUACAGUCAGGGCAGUAGAGGCCCCGACCACGCAGAUGAGCUGGCAGAGCGGGUGGGAUACCGCCGGACGCAGGGGUACUGCUGGAUCCCACCCACUCUCGCCGAGUAGUUCACACCAAGAGCUGUUGCAGAAGUGAUGUGCUCCAUUAAAGCCCCAGGCUAUAAUAGCAAAGAUGGGCCCAACUUGGACAUUGGCCUUUUAGAAACCGUCUCAGUGUAGGAUGACUGACUAAAAUUACUGUUGUGAAUUUCAGAUGGAAAGCAGUGUGAAAUGUGUUG